AUGGGAAUUUCGGAGGAUGAGGCAGAAGUAGAGGCGUUACUGCAGCAGAUUGCACUGGCCAAGCAGAAGGAGCUGCGACUCCGUGCCGAGAAGAAGCGGAUCCGCGACGAACUGAGCCAGCUGCAGGCGGGAACGCUGUGGUCGCGUGAGGAGCAGACGCAGAAGCAGCUUUUGGAAGUGCGACGAGCGAAGGAGCUGCUGGAGACGCAAAAGAAAACUGAAGAGGAGAAGCUCAUUAAGCUCAACGAUAAUCUCAAGGAGAAGGAACUGAAGUUUCGCAAGAGUGCGAAUAUCAAACCCAGUCCAUUCCAGCAAACCGCAGCGUCUGUGGUGGCUACAGCUACAAUAUCAUCUAAAUCGAAUGAAGAUCUGAACCAGAGAGAGGACAGGAAUAUUCGGGCGCAGGUGACAACCGACGCGAACCCUGAUAAACUUAUGCCUCGUGCGAAUACGUUGUCGCAAUCUCCGCAAGCCAGAUCCACUCAACUGUUAGCUCCUAACCAAGAGGCGGUCACGAAAGAUGAUGCGUUGCAGCACUUCCUUCGAAACAUCAACUGCGAUGAGCAACAAAAGCGGGUCGAAAGACUGCAAGCUGAGCUAGAGAAAGCAAGCUCCCGUCGCCAAGAAGCAAAUUUUGACACACCCUCAUUAACUGUUUCAAGAUGUACAAGCAGCAUGUUAAACGACUGUUCUAUGUCUUUGAUGAACCAUGACCACGAUGACAGUAGUGCACCAGACUCAACAACACAAGAUAGCAGCCGCAUAGCGGCGGUGACGAAAGCAGUCAAUAAGUUUAUUAACCUCAAGCCUCUAGACGCUCCUCAUCAGCCCCGUCACGCUUUAAGCAAAGAUGCAUCUCCAGUUACCAGUACUCAAACAGCAGACAGUUUACCAGCAGCACCACUCACCCAGCCAGCAGCUCAACCCAUCGCGCAACACCCAAGUUAUCUUCAGCAACUUGCAGUCCCCUGUUACCCCCACAGCUAUCUUUUCUCAACAACCUCGUUCUCUCCUUACCAAUUCUUCUCGCCCCCAAUUAUGCCGGUGUAUCCGUACGGUACUGGAGUUUCGUCGUGUUUUCCUGGUAGUCCCUAUCCAGCGGCACCUCCGUGGCUCCCAUCAUACCAGGUAGGAAAUGCUACUCCACUUGAGCAAUCGUCAAAGCCGUUGCUUAAUCAGCAAGAAGAAGAUAUUCGAAGAUUGGAGCGAGAUCUUGAAAUGCAGCGUUUCGCCAAUGAACAACAAGCCGAAGCAAAGGAAUUCGCUCGGCUCCAAAUCCGUAUUCAGGAGCUGCAAACCAAGAUUUCGACACUGACAGUCAAAAACGACAGUACUGACGCUUCGGCUGCCUCGCCUGCGGCUGACAACAACGAUGAUUCAGCUCUCAAAAGUUUGAAGAGGCAGCAUCUUGAAAAUCUAGCCAAGGUCCGAAACGAGCGGGAUCUCCUGGAAGAGCAAGAAAAGCUGGAAGACCUCAAAGAGCGAAUUCAGCGUCGAAGAGAGGAGAAAAAGCGCGAGCUUGAUCAUGAGGACUGGCUCGCCAAACAGAAGCGAGAGCUGGUUACGCUUCGAGUUCAGCGUGCGAUUCAACAUAACGACGUGAAAAAUAAUGGGCUGAAUUCAGAUAUCCAGGGAGAAUCUACAGCUUCAUACAGCCCAGAGAGUGGCUUUGCUCUGUUUUGGGACUUUGUUGAUAGGGUACCCACAACAACAACUGAUCUGCAGAUUACCUACGCUGUCUUCGAAGGCAAAAUUCUUCGUACACCAUUCAAAGUUGUGUCUACAAAUGAGACUAAGACGAUGAAUUCACAGCACAAGCUGUGCUUGUUUCUCUCUCCUAGUCAUAUCAAAAGGUUAGCAGCGGCUUUGGAACUACGCGUGGUUAUGGAGGUGACUUCGGUGGUUCAAAACGGUGCAAGUGGUGCACGUGUUCCAAUAAGUUUAGGCUGGACAGCCUUUGACAUUUUUAAGCUGACAAACGAGGGAGAGCUGGUAUUAUCGCUUGGGCUCUUCAAGCUUCCAGUGAAGCAGUCGUCGAUGCCUGACCCGUCCAAGGUUCAUGUCCUUCCUCCAACACCUGCGGAGUGCGGUGGCAUGAGGAUACAUAUCCGACUUGUGCACGGUGAAAGCAUUGAGGAGGCUUCCCAAAUGCUUGUGGACCCAGAACUGCAUGCAGUGCGAUAUCAACUUCCAGAAUCUGGGAAGGCACCUCCCAGACCACAGUCGAAGAGUAUGAUGGCAGGUAGAAGGACUCCGAUUACUCCCGCAAAGCCCCUGGAAGACCAAAAGCCAAGACCACCAACUACAACCGACUCACCGCCAUCAGUUGGUCCCCCAAAGCAAGAUUUUCUUGAUGUUGAGCACUUUCGCUCGCUUUCAUCAGCAUCCCCACGACCGUCUAGUACGCGUCCUCGCUCGAACAUUCCACCAACAAGUGAUAGGUCUCGAUUACCUCCUUUUCGUGAGGAUAGUAAUGCAGAGUCAGAUGAACCAUGGAUUCGCGUUGACAAGACCAGUGAAUUGCAAAGGCGUCUACUUGGCGGAAGCCCAUUCCAAUCUGGAGAUGGUUUCAACGUGUAUAUCGACGGCGGUCGUGGAUUUCCAGAUAGCGUCACCAUUUCCAAGGUAACAAUCGCAGCUCUUCACGCUGAUCGAACUCAAGUAGUAGCUGCAAAUGGCAGUACAUUUGCUGUGGCGGAGUCAGGUGCCUUUGAUCCAGUGUUCGACGCGUAUGUGGAGUAUCGCCAAGGCAAUUUUAAUCCGACACUUACGUUGGUUAUUCGCGUUGACAUAAUUGAGCUGGUGUCAAAGAGGCCAGUGAUCCUGGGAUAUUCCGUCUUUCCGGUAUUUCUCGACGUUGAGACUACUGACCAGCCUAAUCGCCCAAGUAUUCAUCAUUUCAUCUUGAACGAAGGGGGAUUUCAGCUACCACUGCAUACCCAAGUCCAGUCUGCCGAAGUGAAUCAGCCGUUGAAUGCAAAGUCAUGUGAAGAGUUUCCGCGAAUUCCUUGUGCUACGGUGCUACUGCGAGUUGUGAGAGCAAAAUUGUCAGGAGACGGGUUAGCGCUUCUUUCACGGAGUGAUCACCCGCCUAACGAAUGGGAGGCAAAGGGGUUGCAGAUACCUGCUCCUCAGUACUGUGAUCAGUUGUACGAUUCGUUGCGCUGUGUUCCUUCGGGCAUUGAAGAGAAGAUUUACUCGCUUCGGCAUAAGAACCGCAGAGCAAAGAUCGUAGCCCAAUGUCUUCAGCAGAUAUCGCUCAGUACAAAUGAAGCUCGAGAAAUGCUGAAGACCAAACCAGCGAAUUAUCUCGACCUCUCGUCUGCGCUCCGAUACGAUCCAGCAAUUGGAUUCCGAGUCGCAGUCGAUGCGUUGCACAACGUCAAGGCAAAAGGAGGACCGUUCUUUAAAGUUCUCUUCUCCGUGUAUCCACCUGGAUCCUUCUAUCAAGCGAUUCGGCUGACAGGGGACGUGCAUUUUACCACAACGACGGAGUGGACCAGUUCACAGACAUCACCCGAGUUUGACGACGGAUACAUGACUUUGAAAGAUUCACGUAGUGACCAGUUGCUGGCGGUACUUUUCGAUGUCCGAAGCGUGAAUCGGCAUCCUAAGACGGGCAAAAUCACGUCGCAGCAGUAUGGGUGGACGUUCCUCCCUGUUCUCGCACACUCCCGCUUUGUUAACGUGUGUUCCGUCCAACUCCCUCUCUUCCAGGGGGAGGUCAAUCUGAGCUUAUUGAAGGCAGCAACGGGUGGGUUGAACGCUGUGGUCGACGAUAUCGGAAAUGAAAAAGUGAAGCAAUUGAUUCCAGUUCCCGAGCCAGGAGCAUCAUUGUUCGUGCGGCUUCAAGAUCCUCAACUACCCCACUUGUCAACCGAACCGAUCGUUGAUGCGAGCAUCUCUAAGAUGAUUCCUCCCCGAAUGAGCGCAAAGUACGCUUAUGAUAACGCCAAAGUUGCAGCUAUAAAGAAGAAGACCCCACUUAGCAAACUAUUGCCAGCGGACGUCCCCGAGAAACAAUUCGAGAAGGAACUGAACGAGGCAUUCGCCCAGGAAAUGGGUAUCCGUCACUUGCUCUUCUAA